AUGUCUGCGAAAGCAGAAGACGAAGGGAACGCGUACGAACUGCUCGGCGUAGCUGCCGAGGCAACAGAUGGCGAGAUCAAGACUGCCUACCGCCAGCGCUCCCUGAAAGUUCACCCUGACAGGAAUCGUGGUAACCCCGAUGCAGCGGCGAAAUUCCACGAGCUGAACCAGGCGUAUGAGCUCCUGCUCGACCCACUGCGGCGCAUGGCGCUUGACGCGCGCUUGCGUACGGCCGCCGCGAAGAAGGCGCGAUUUCAACAGUACGACAAUAAGCGCAAGCGUAUGAUCGAAGAGCUCGAAGAGCGCGAGGCAGCGUUCAAACGUGCCAAGACGGCUGAGCGUGCCCAGGCGCAGGAGGAAGAGCGUGUGAAGGAUGAAGGUCGUCGAAUGAUGGCCGAACGCGCGAAGAAGGCUCAGGAAGAGGAGGAGGAGAGGGAACGCGAAGAGGAGAGGAGAAGGAAGGAACUGGAGCCACCUCCGCUGGGCGAGUUGGAUACGACAGUGCGGGUCAAAUAUGCACUUGCAGCCCAUCCAGAUCUCACUACCCCAAUCGCACUCGCUGGAUUUUUGAGCGAGCGAUUCGGAGACAUGGAUUCUGGGAGCAUCGUCCUCACAAUGAAACCACCGAAGAAGGCACCACAUAAGCCGCCCAAACAUGCUGUCGCCCUGGUUCCCUUUCGCCGCAUCGGAGACGCUCAUGCUGCUGUCUGUGCUGCGGGUGUAGAAAGCAGGGGCAUGGGCGGCAUAGAAGUGACGUGGAUGGGUAAAGAUGGCGGCGAACCGCUGAUCUUAAGCUGGCUACGGAGGAUGGGCAAGCUUGGGCCUCAAGGGGCUGAGGGCACAGCUCAGUCCGAAGCAACACCAGGAUCAGCACCCGCGACUAGUACCACGGAAAGUGUGCUUCCGCAGCACUCUGCGCCAGUAUCGGGGACCUACUCUUCGUUUCCCUCAACAUUCCCAGAUAUCGCUACGCCACUCAAUGGCACUGCGCCUGCAGGAGGGCUUGAUUAUGCGGGCAUGACGAUGAUGCGUCUACGGCAGGCUGAACGCGAGCGGCUGGAGCGAGAGAUAUUGGAGCAAGAGGCGAAUGAAUCUUGA